CGAAGUCAGGAAAACAAUACUUCUGAAAUGAAGUGAUAGUAUUUGAUAGAUAUUCGCGGUGUGGAUGGUUCAAAAAUACACAGUUCGUAUGGUACUAAUGAAAGGAGGAUUUUUACGUAAAACAUUGUGGCAGACCGAGUACCUUGCCUCGAAAUUGCCUAAGACAGGAAUCCCCCAAGGACGUGUGUUCAGUAUCCCGUAACGCGUGGUCCAGACUUCCUUCGGCGAUACUUUUUGAAUUCAAAGGAAAUGUAUUACUGACAAACAUAAAUAUAAACAAAGCAGCAUCUGGCACUGGGAACAUCACAGACCCUGGAUAACUACAAGAUAAAAAUAGGCAUGUGAUUAAUGCUGACAUUGAUGUGAUCCCUAAAACGAUACCUGCAGACAAAAGUAAACGUUAGUAAAAACUUGAUACUUGAUGUGGAUGAAGAAAAGUACCGAAACAUAGAGUAACUAUACAAUUGCUCGAACAUUACAAAAUAGUUCAGGAAUAAAAACAACAAUGUUUACAAUUAUGCCAGUUUGAUGCUACUUGCCAAAUACCCAGAUCUAUAAUCCUCGCCAAUAAUGCUCGUAAAGAUUCAAUAAUUUUGGAAAAUUCCCAAUAAUUAAGCAUGUUUGAAGGCGAAGGUAUCGCAGCUGUUUUGUUAUUGCGUUUAUUUCGGUAGAUUUACGACUCAUUGAAAUGUUCACAUCGUAAAACUGUGGAAAAAGGGCUUCAAACUGAAUGACAGAUCACUUUCCUGAUGAAAACCUGAACAUAUGGUCGGAUGUGUUAGCAUCACACUAUGCUUGAACAUUUGCAAUUAUACCAUGCGAAACAAAACCUUUAUUACUCAUAUUGAAAUGUUUGUGUUGUAUCGUUAUUAACAAUUCACAACUGUGCUGUCAUAAAGAGAGAAGUGAACUUGCGCAAACUAAGGGGAAUAUCUUACGUCCCAGAAUAUUAAUUCUGAAAUUCAGAGAUACCACCAAUAAGUAUGUCUAUUCAGACAAGUAAUAUGGGGCAACGUGAGUCCAUUGUUGUCAACAGCAGUAUCGGUUGCAAGGAGUGGUGGUGCGAUAAACAGCCUUCGCUGAUAGCCAUGGAAGCCAUCGUCAUAAUUUUGUGUUUUAUCGGAUGCUUAGGAAACCUUAUAACCGUUUUGACAAUCAUAUUUUCCAGUCUUCGUUACAGUGUAAACUGCAUCCUUGUAGGAAGUUUGAGUUUUGCCGGAUUUCUAUAUUGUUCUCUGAUCUUAUCAUUGCAAGCCGUAAUAUUCCAUCGUCAUUCGACCAAUAUUUCUCAAGAAUUCUGCUCGGCGGCAGGAGGGAUACGUUAUACGCUGACCGGUGAAAUUAUGGUGACGCUAGCAGCCAUUGCGUUGUACCGAUUUUUAAAUGUGGUAUAUAUUAACACGUACCGAUACAUGUCUGAAACCAGACAGCUCGUAAUAACCUUGGUAAUAUGCUGGUUGUUACCAAUGGUGUUCACCAUUCCACCGACUUUCCGGAUUUGGGGUGCAUUCCAUUUCCAACCAUCAAUAUUGAGUUGCACGUUUGAUAAAAGCGCCGAUCAAAGCAACAGGGUAGUCAUGGUAACAGCAGGAUUUAUAGUUCCGUGUCUGUUUAUUGUAUAUUGCUAUGUUCGAAUUGGAUGUAAAGCUUAUAAAAGUUUCAAACGUAUGAGUCGCUGGGGUAGUACAACACCACAAGCAAGAGCAUUACGUCUAUCAGCUAUGAUGCUUUGUAUAUUUGUAAUAUUCUUUAUAGGAACAUUCCCCUAUUUUGUUGUUAACGUUAUGGACAAAGAGUUUAAAUAUCCCGUUCACCACAUAUGGACGACGAUGUUUGCCUGGUUGUUGUACUGUUGCAAUCCUAUCGUUUACACGCUUAUGGAUACCAACUUUAGAAAUGCGUACAGGAGAUUUCUGAUGGGCGAUUGUGAGAAGAAUCCCGUACGGAGAUCCGGAAGUUCAAUGUCAAGGGCAGUUUCCGUCUAGUAGAAACUUGCCAUUCAAACAUUAAAAGGCAGUUGUUUUCCCAUUUGAACAUAAAUAUUUCUUCCAGGUUAUCCUUACUACUCUAAAAUGACAAUCUUAUAAUGAGUCAAAUUUGACAAUACCUGUGAAUCUACACAAAUGGUAUGGUCAUAUGACAUUAAAACAACUAAUGUUUACGUAGUUGUAAGUAAUAAUUGUUGUGAUAAUUACUAUUGAAAAUGGGGUGAUCUUAAUUAACACUUAUGGUUAUGAUAGAAUUCAUUUUAUUGUUGUUGUUGUUUUUAUUUCAAAUUACGAAAAAGCACAAACUUUCGUCGUGAAUAUUUAUAAUUAUUUCUGCAUUAAACAAACAUGUUUACUUAUACAACGUUUCUCAUUGUCGGUAGACUAACAGUAUUUGCGUUUGGUAAAUGUUAUGGUAAGUUUGACAUUUCAGUUGUUAAAGACAAAUUAUACUUUAUAAAUAUGAUUUAGUAAUUCAUUAUCCACAUAUACAUCUCAGAGCGUAGUUGAUG